GAUUAACAGUCGAAAGUGGCGAGCAAAAUUUACACGGUCAAAAAGUAGUCACGACACCACGUAGAGUUGCGAUGCUGCGGUUCUUAGAAUUCAUAAAACCAGGUCCAACAAUUCUUGUGGCUCACAAUGGCCGGCGAUUCGAUACUCCUAUGCUGCUCAAAGAAUUACAGAGCCUUGGUCUCAUGGUCGAAUUUCGAGCAAUUACUUGUGGCUUUUGUGAUAGUCUGCCUGUCCUAAGAAAAAAACUUCCCGAACGAGUGAAAGCUAAGCAAUCUUUCCGCUUAUCAGCUUUAGCGGAAGAAUUUAUCGGAGAUAACGCUUCUGCCGGCGCUCAUAAUGGGGCUGUCGAUGUAAAAAUGCUAGAAGAUAUUAUUCGAGUUGUAGGUAUAACCGAUGAAGAGCUUCGCGCUGAGAGUAUAUCUAUCGAGGGGAUCUUCAUCGAAGACGCGCAGAACGCAAAAACAAAGUUAAAUAAGAAUUCGUUUGACUGUAUCAAAGAAGGCGUUUCAGCAGGCAUGAAAACAAAAAUGGCAAAAGCUGGUUUAACAUUUAGUCAUUUAAAAAAAUCCUUUUUGGAAGGCGGCGAGGACGCUGUAACAGUUCUCUUAGCCUCAGAUGUCAACGGACAUCCUUGUGUAACGAAAAAUAAAAAAGUCAUUCAAG